CUGAAAUGUCUGUGCAAAUGGCUUCGGAAAACUUGACAAGUUUUAUCUCCGAACAAUGCCCAGCGCUUUACUCUUGGACUCCAGAAGCUUGGAUGGCAGUAUUGUUUCCUUUUUUAGGACUUGUUGUCGCUUGCUUUGCUCGACAAUUUUUGGAAAGGCCACUUGGAAUACAUUUUUCAGUUUUGGUCCUUCUCAGUGGUUGUCUGGUUGGCGUUGCUGGAUGUUUCGUGCAUAUGGCUGAAUUGAGUGCAAGUCUGUCGCUUUGGGUUGACGUACAGCCUCCCAAUCUGUUAUUAUAUGUCUUGUUACCGCCAAUUGUUUUUGACUCGGCCAUCAACAUCGACUGGUUCAUUUUCAGAAAACAGAUUUUCAAUGUAUUCCUUCUUGCUUUUAUUCUUGUAUUAGCCUUUACCUUUUGUACUGCUGCUAUAGUGAUUUACAUACUCCGGGUAGAAUGGCCGUUCACAGCAGGUGCCAUGUUCGGUGCUAUUUUAUCUGCAACAGACCCCAUUGCCAUCAUUGCUCUUCUAAAGAGUUCAGGUGCUUCACCUUCUGUUAUUACUCUCUUAGAUGGAGAGUCAUUGUUCAAUGAUGGUUCUGCUUAUACUCUUUUCUAUGCGUUUUUGAUAUCCUUGAGGAAAGGUUAUCACGAGAAUCCCGGGAAGAUUGUCCUUCUUAUUUUGAAAGAGUCCUUAGGUGCCAUUGGUUUGGGUCUCUUGUUUGGAUAUUCUACUGUAUUUUUCUUGCAUCAUGUUUGGAGUGCAAAAGUGGAAAUAGGAUUUUCUGUUGCUAUAUCGUAUUUGGCUUUUUAUGUCGCUCAAGGUCCUGCUGGAGUUUCCGGUCUUAUUUGUUUGGUAGUCACCGGACUCAUUAUCGCAGCAGAUCGAUUGUCAGGCUUUAGUCCAUUAGCUCGAGACGCCUUGACUCAUUUUUGGAAUAUUAUUUCUUUCAUUGCCAAUGCAGUCGUUUUCUUCUAUGCUGGUUUUAUUGCAACAAUAUCCAUCAUAUUGUUUUGGAACGAUGGUUUAAGUCUGAAGGAUCUAUUCUACAUUCCUAUACUAUAUUUGUUGUUAUCUCUUCUAAGAUACUGUCUGUUAUUUCUUUGUAGUCCUAUUCUUAGACACACGGUUUCCAAUUUUUCAUGGGGAGAGAUAUUCCUUGUUGGUCAUAGUGCGUUAAGAGGUCCAAUCUCUCUAAUUCUUUCACAAAUAGUCUUUCAUGAGGGCGGUGUGCUAAAGGAUAAUCGAAAUGAUUAUAUAGUGGCCAGAGUUGUGAUAUGGACUUCAGGUUUUGCAAUACUCACCUUACUGAUCAAUGGAACGACUAUUCAUUGGUUGACGAAACUCUUUUAUGUUUCGAAUGCUGCCAAAAAGACGAUAUUUGAGAGAGCAGAGCAACGAUUGGAACGGAUGAUGAAGGACUCGCUCGAGCAAUUGAAACAGUCGAGAUGGUAUGCUGGGACUGAUUGGGUAUUUGUGGAGACAUUACUUGACAGUAGUAUCUCACCACAAAGUAAAAAAUUCCGAAAAGUACUUAAACAACUUGCAAGUCACAGUAGUGAUGAUUCCAUUUCAUGGGACAAUUACUCAUUGAAAAGCAACAAGCCAAAGCCGUUAAGAAGUAGUUUACCAGGAACAGAUCGUACUCGUUCCUUUGCUCUUGAUGAAAAUUCAGUUCCUAAUGAAGAAAUGGAUGAACCACCACCGGAGCAGACAUUGCUUGUAACUGAUGGUCUUCAUAGUCAGUUGCAUACCGUUCAAGUCGAGACUGAUUUGUCCAGUGAACAAGUGAACAGAGAAGUCAUGAUGGAGUACAGAAAGAGAGCCUUACAAGGAAUGCGACAUUAUUUGCAAAAACAAUACAUAAGAGGUAUUGUAUUUCCCGAGGUUUAUCGAGAGUUAGAAUCAGGAUUGGAUGAAGCUUUGUGUUACCCAUAUCGACGAAUGGAUAUAUUUGAUAAAGCAGAAGAAACAGAGUGGGGUAGUUCUUUGAUAGAUCGCUUCAUCGUCAAGCGUGUGGCUUCUUGGCUUUGGUUUCGUUGGUUGGCUAGCAGAAUACUCUAUGGGCGACAUCGGCUAGGUACCAACUUUGCAGCUUCCCUUUGGUCCUCAAUAACUUAUGUUCGAAGUACUUUAAGUCUUCCAGAACUUAUUGUUAGAGAGUUGAGAGCAGAGCGACUGAAAUGUUUGCUAUAUUUAAGAGGAAUAGAGUUGUCCUAUCCACAAGUGCUUGGAGUUGUACAAACUCGGAACGCUGCUGCAAUCCUUUUAACUAUACGCGAUCAUACCAUUCAUGAACUAUUUAGUAGUGGAGAAAUAGAUGGUCAAGAAUACAAGUUAUUGCAGAGAGACAACAAUGAUCGUCGCAAGUUGGUUCACGAAGCACCACUUUUCUUUCAGUUACCAAAGACUAUUCAGAUUUUAAAUUCAAAUCCCAUAUUCAGUUAUCUUAUGGAACAAAAUAAGUUCAAAUCUCUUGUUUUAGACCGAGGCUAUCGUCGAGUAUGUGACAAAGGUGAACUUUUGCUGAAAUACAGAGAGCUUUCAGAUGGUUUAUAUGUUCUUAUUCGAGGAAGAGUCCAUUUAGAAUCCUCUGAGCAUGCUUCGAGUCUUCCAAUACAUAGACUGAGCUUAUUGGAAACAGAAUCCUUAAACAGUAUGUUUUGUCCACCCGGUUCUGUCUUUGGACUGGAGAGUUGUGUGUUUCGGUUGCCUAUGAAGAACUCAGUGAUUGUAGACUCCGAAGUUGCGCAUGUAUUUUUCUUACCCUGGUCUUCGCUUCAUAGUAUUUUCAAGUUUCAACCUCUAGCAGCGUUACAUGUUUAUCGAAUGGCUGUAGUUGAGUGGUUGAAACAAACCGUGCCGGAUGCUGAUACUAUCGUAUCGUUUUUGGAUGAAGGAAGAAAUUCCACUUCAACAAGUUCGUUUUCCGCUUCACUGCUGGCGAGAAGCAAAGAUUUGCAAUUCGCCAGCAUGAGUGAGGCGAAUCAACCGAAUUCCGAUACUUGCUCGAAUCCGUUGGACUCUUGUGAUGCUAGUAGUGGCACUGCGGAGAGUCCAAUGAACUCUUCUAGUCAAGUUUAUGGUACAAGUAUAGAAGAUAGAGUGGGUCCAUCAUCUGAUGUACCCAACAACUUUGAUCUAUGCUCUGGAAAUACUCUUAUCCGAGAAAAUGUAUGCUGCUAUUCAACCCAUCAUACAAUUGAAGAUAUUGCUAGACUUAUUCUUUCGAAAAUCACCAACAGUCAACUAUGUUAUUGGAACAUAGGAGAAUAUGAUAUUUCGGGAGAUGGUGGUCUCGUUGGAGUUCUUGUUGAAGGAAGUUUACAAGUUUCUUCACGUCCAAUAACGAAAGAAAAUUAUGAUUUCAACCGUUUUACAGCUCCUUGUAUGUUUUUACUUGAAGCUAGUCAUAGGAUUGUUAUCGUUGAAAGAGCUACCUUUCUCCAGAUUGUAUAGAUAGACGCAUUUUUGGAUUUGACUCUUUAUUUUAUUUAUUUCUUGCAGUUAUACCCACGUUACUUAUAUAUGAGGCAGUAAGCUCCUUGGUUUCUCUACGUCGUUAUUCUUUCUGUCAAGAAUUUGAGUUCUCCAUACACAAGGUCUUGCUUGAGCUGAACUGAAUAAAGUCGAUAACUGUAGCAGAUUAAGAUACCACUGCGUAAGUACUUGUAUAUCAGUGAAGCAGACUCAAUCUCAAACGUGAGAGAUAUCUUUGUAGCAACGUCCAACGAAGCUUCUCAUCAGCAAUCUCUUUCAGUCCAUGGUAUGAUGAUUUU